GACUUAUUGAGAGAAGGCUUCUCUCUCUCCGUUGAAAAACCAGCUGAUGUUUUAACCUCACCGAGAGGAGUAUUUUCCGCCGGGUUUUUCCAAGUGGGCCACAAUGCAUAUUGCCUUGCCAUAUGGUUCACUGAGGCUGAGCCUGAGCCAUCUCCGAUGAGGCAAAACCUGACGCUGAUUUGGAUGGCAAACCGGGAUCAUCCGGUAAACGGAAGGCGCUCGAAGCUGUCCUUGCAAAAAACCGGUAACCUUGUACUUACAGACGCCGGUCAAUCCACCGUUUGGUCCAGUGAUACCGCUUCAAACUCAGAUUCCCAGCUACAACUCUUGGACUCCGGAAACCUUGUCCUAAUCACUCAGAACCGUGUCCUUUUGUGGCAAAGCUUUGCUUCCCCAACGGACACUCUUGUUCCUGGACAAACACUCACAAGAAACACAAAGCUAGUGUCAUCUAGAAGCCAGACUAACUAUUCCUCUGGAUUUUACAUGCUCUUUUACGACAACGACAACGUCCUUCGUCUUCUCUAUGAUGGUCCCGAGAUUUCGAGCAUUUACUGGCCAGACCCUUGGCUUUUGCCAAAUUACGCUGGAAGAUCCAUUUUCAACGACAGUAGAACAGCCGUUCUUGAUUCUUGGGGGAUCUUCAGCUCGUCAGAUAGUUUUACAGUCAUGGCUUCGGAUUAUGCUAUUAAACUCCAGAGAAUCCUCAAAGUUGAAGCUGACGGAAAUCUUAGAUUGUACAGUAGAUCAAAGCAAGGGAAGCAAAGUAGUACGUGGACAGUUACGUGGGAAGCUGUUUUACAACCAUGCAAGAUUCAUGGCAUUUGUGGGAUCAAUAGCCUCUGUACUUACGUGCCUGAAUAUGGUAGGAAAUGCGCUUGCCUCCCUGGCCAUAAGAUGAUAAACCACACUGAUUGGACUCACGGGUGUGAACCAGAUUUUAAACUCCCUUGCUCCAGUAGUAAUGUUAAUCAAUCUGGUUUUCUUCACCUUCCACGUGUCGAGUUCUACGGCUAUGAUUCCAACUUCUAUUGGAACUACACCUUGGAACGCUGCAAAUCUACGUGCUUGGAAUUGUGUGACUCGUGCGUAGGAUUUCACUACAAGUAUAACAAAGACGGCGGUUAUUAUAAUUGCUACGUCAAGUCGCACCUCCGAAAUGGAUACCGGGCCCCUGGUUUUGAUGGUGACAUAUAUUUGAAACUACCUAAAUCUGUCCUCUCUUCUCUUAUUCACCGGGCUCCAGAUUAUGAUGAGUCCAAUAAUUUCAAUUGCUUCUUAUCAUCAGGCAAUUCGACUCAACAUCUGGACAGAAGGUAUGUAAAAAAAAAUGUCAGUGGAGUACUUAAGUUCAUGCUCUGGUUUGUCUGUGGAGUGGGAGGAGUCGAGAUCUGCGUCAUCUUAAUGGUUUGGUUAUUCGUCAUUAGAAACCAUGAAAAUUCAUCCCUGGAUAACAUUCAGGCUGGUUAUCUUCUUGCUGCUACUGGGUUCAGAAAAUUUAGUUACUUAGAGCUAAAAAAGGCAACGAAGGGUUUCAGUGUAGAGAUUGGAAGAGGUGCAGGAGGAAUCGUCUACAAGGCAAUUUUGUCUGAUAAUCGAGUUGCGGCCGUCAAGAAACUCACAGAUACUAACCAAGGAGAAGUUGAAUUUUACGCAGAAGUAAGCACCAUAGGAGCACUGAACCACAUGAACUUAAUAGAAAUGUGGGGAUAUUGUGCCGAGGGAAAGCAUAGACUUCUAGUUUAUGAGUACAUGGAACAUGGAUCCUUGGCUGAGAACUUGGCUUCCAAUGCUUUGGAUUGGAAAAUGAGGUUUGAUAUUGCUGUAGGGACAGCCAGAGGCCUUGCUUAUUUGCAUGAAGAGUGUUUGGAGUGGGUUUUACAUUGCGAUGUAAAGCCUCAUAACAUACUGUUGGGCUCUAAUUAUCAACCAAAAGUAGCUGAUUUUGGCCUUUCAAAGCUACUAAACAGAAAUGAGCUCAGUGAUAACUCAAGCUUCUCGAGGAUAAGAGGAACUAGAGGCUAUAUGGCUCCUGAAUGGGUUUACAAUCUUCCGAUCACCUCCAAAGUGGAUGUUUAUAGCUACGGAAUUGUUUUGCUUGAAAUGGUUACAGGAAAUAAUGGCCCAACAAGAGGUGUUUUGGAUGCAGAAGAUGUUGGUGAGGCACGACCGAAAAAGCUUGUUACGUGGGUAAGAGAUAAGAUGAAUGCUAGUGCUUCGCUGAGUGAAAAGGGGAUUGAUGAAAUCAUAGAACCCGUGAUCGCAAGCAACUGUAGCAUGAGAGAGGUGGAAAUUUUGAUUGAAGUGGCUCUUAGAUGCGUCGAGGAAGACAAAGAUGCAAGACCCACCAUGAGCCAAGUUGUGGAGAUGCUUCUAAGCAACGAAAAAGACAAGAAGUGAUAUAUAUAUUUAUAUAUAUAUAUAUUUAUAUAAAACAGAUCAGCAUUAUAUGCUCGGAAGUCUUGUUUCGUUUUGAUUUUCCCCAUCAGGUUAAACUAUGUUUAAUUAAUUCUUAGCAUAUAUAGUCUCAAAUUAGAUAAGCUAAGCUAGACAUGUAUAAUGAUCCAAAAUCUUCAAGAAGUUGUACUUUGGUUUUAUUAGCAUUUGUAUGUAACUAUCAAUUUAGCGAUUAAAAAACAGACAACAUUUGUACAUUUAACUUCUGACAUCUUUGUAUUAGGAAUUAAAAUCGCUUGUUCAAAGAAAUACCAUGACAAUCAUCACGGAUAUGAUUGAAGAUUAGUUAAUGUCUGAAGAUUCAUCUUAUUGCAAAUGCAAUGAUGAUCAUUCUCUUCACUCUUCAAUUGUUAACUCUGUCAGUGACAAGUAUC